GGGACCCCGGCGGGGCGGCGGGCGGGGGCGCGGCCGCGGUGCCGCGGUGAUGGGCGCGCCGGUACCGCCCCGCGCCGAGCGCCGCCCCGCAGCGCGGCCCGGAGAGCGGCGGCGGCGGCGGCGGGGGGGCCGCACUCAUCCCGUGCCCCGGCCCGGCCCGGCCCGGCCGCAGCAGCCGCAUGUCGGGGCCCGGGGCGCAGAGCCGCAGCCGGCGGCUGCCCGCUGACAUGGAGCAGGCCCAGCGGAACCUGGAUGCAGAGCAAAUGCAGCAGCAGCAGCUGAAGCUGCGGGACCGGCAGAAGUUCUUUGAGGAGGUUUUCCAGCAUGAUGUGGAUUUCUUCUUCCCAAUGUCUCACCUGCAGAUAGAGCACCGGAGACCCCCCUUAGGCAGCAUUUCCUCCAUGGAGGUGAACGUGGACAUGCUGGAGCAGAUGGAUGUGCUGGACCUGUCAGACCAAGACACUGUGGAUGUGUUUCUGGGCUGCGGGACAGAGGAGAGCAGCAUUGCUGGGUCUCUGCCAGGGGCAGAUGCCAGCCAGUGCCCAGAGGAGAUCACCCUGCCAGUGCCCAACGCCACUGAGAGCAAGUCUCGCAUUUCCUCCACGUCCUCUGCCUCCACGGAUUUGAACAGCCUGGACACCAGCGAGGAGGGGGCUGAGACCCCCGUGGUGCAGUCGGAUGAGGAGGACCUGCAGGAGGACAGUCCCAAAGAGCAGGUGGUGAGAAGCUAGCAGGCAGCUCUGCCCUGCUCCCAGCCUCCUCUGCACGGACUCACCAGCCCAGAAGGAAAGCUGCUGGUGCCCAGCAAACCCCAUCCUGGACUGCUGCCCUGCCAGAGGGGAGAGAUGGUUUUCCCCUCCUCUCCCUCCACGUGUUCUCCUGGCAGCUGAAGGAGAAGGAAAGGGGUGUUGUAAGGUCCCAAAAUUAACUCUUCAGGCUUUGCUGCUAACACUCCCUGCUUCAACCCCCCCACCCCUCAACAUGCUAAGCAUCCCAGAGCCCCACCACCUCCAGAAAACCAUCCCUUAGAACCCAGCUCCCCCUGCCCUACUGACAAAGGGUCUGUCCAGACAAGCACCUAACGAUGGCACAGAGAGAAAUAACACUGAUCUAACCAA